AUCUACUCUAUGAUUGAAAGCCAUUUAAACCAUUAAUCCGAAUGAAUUAAUUGAUUGCUUCGUUAAACUAUUGUAGAUACAAGUAAUUUUAUUUGCUGAGUGGCUUGUUUAUUUUUUAAAUGUAAUAUAACGUACAAAUUUGUUAUGGUAUAUCUCAUAUUUACCAAUACCAAUGUUUUGAUGACUUCCAACUAUAUUUUCAUAAAGCUAAAGAUAUCGAAACACCAUUAUUAGUAAGAAAAAUAACGGUAUAUCUUCAAUAUUUAAAAAUUAUCAUCAUCAUGGAAAUAGACGACACAAAACUUACAGAACAACCCCCUGUUCACCCAACCCCCCAAAAAGUUGAAGAUUUAGCAAAACCUUCGAACUUAGAAAGUGAUCCUAAUCCACCAAUUCAAUCAAAAUCAAAAACUAAUGAAAUUGAAAACGAAGGAGGGGCCAAUCUUGUGACCUCAAAAGAUACACAAAAACCGUCGCCAAAAAAACCAAAAAAACGAAAACCUAAAGUUCCCCGAGAUGUGACUGCUCCACGACAACCUCUCACUGGAUAUGUGCGGUUUUUGAAUGAAAGACGUGAUGAGUUACGUGCUAAGCAGCCUGAGCUGGGCUUUGCUGAAAUAACUAGAAAAUUAGCCAGUGAAUGGAGUAAAUUACCUGCUGAGGCAAAGCAGUAUUUCCUUGAUGCAGCUGAUCAAGAUAAGGAACGGUACAUUAAGGAAUGGGCUGAAUAUAAGAAAACGGAUGCCUACAAAGAAUUUAGAAAGCAGCAGUUGGAACAAAAAGAUUCAAGUAUUACCUCAAAAAAAAUUAAACCCAAUCCAAGUACUGAUAAUAAUUUGACAAGUUCAGAUGCUGGUACACAGCCUUCAGAACAAAAUACUGCUAGUGGAAAUGCAAGUGCUGUACCAAUAACAACUGUACAAAGGCAACAAACUCCACCUCGACCAAGACCUUGUAUAACUCCUGCUUCAGGAGAAGAAAUACCUGGAGACACAGAUAUUCCUAUAUUUACAGAUCAGUUCUUACAGCACAAUAAACUUAGAGAAACUGAGCUUCGUCAAUUACGGAAAGCUAAUUCUGAUUAUGAACAACAGAAUGCUAUUUUACAACGCCAUGCUGAAGAAGUAAGUGCUGCCACUGCAAGACUUCGUGCAGAAACUGCAGCAGCAGCUGAAAGAACAGCAGCACUUGUAGCUCAUCGUCGAGCUCUUGUGUGUACCCUAACCCAAGCCUUUCAAUCAGUAAUAUUGCCACUACAAGGAGGAUCUAAUGGAGCUACUGAAAGUAAUAUUGAAGAGUACAUGGAAAAAUUACAAAGUUUUGCCUUAGAAGGAAAGAAUAAUCCUGUUCUAAAACAGGCUAGAGAUAUCUUAAACAGAACUGAGUUACCAAUUGUUUAACAUCUUUUUAAUAAAACUAUACUACAUAAA